AUGGCACAAGCCUUUAAUACUACAAAUGUUACUUUUUUCAGAGUAGCAUUUUUAUUCACGAUCGCGUUUUUUUGUUUGAAGAAUGUUAGUUCGAUUUUGCAAAAUUCAUAUUUCCUAGUCUUGACAGAAGCUAUGAACUUGCCACAAUUAACAUUGUCACGUUACAACGGCCAACUGGGUCUUUUUGCUCUUCUUUUUGUCCUAAACGGUAUCCACGAUCUGAUUCCAUUGUUAGAAAACAAUGAAAAAUACUUCCAAUCUAUUGUUCCGCUAAGAUUAUUAUUUUUUUUCAUCGUAACAGGUGUUUCAUAUCUUUGGGAAUCAAAUUUAUACAUCCACAACAACGCUGUUUUCAUCUACUGUUUUGUAGAGGUUUGGAUAAAUUUCCUUUUGUAUAAUGCUGUUAGGGAAGAAAAAAAUGAACAAUUCAAAAGAGCGAAUCAAUUUAUGCUUGCUGAAGAGGACGUUGAAGAACCCCAACCAUUUGUUGUGAAAACAGAAACGACUGAAAUUAUCGAAAUAACCAAUGAAGAAGAAGAAGAGGGUGAUGAUGAUGAUGGUGAUGAUGUUGAUGAAAAAGAUGGAGAAUAA